UGCCUCACGGACAUGGAUGGGAUGAAAACAACACAGCCACCUAGCUAGCUAAUCAAUUUGUAUUCUUUAAAUAUGUCUAAAAUACAGUUGUUGAGGGUUUUUCUCAACGAUAGAUUAACAGCUGCUGCUGAUGAGAUAUUUGGGGUCGUUGAUAAAAUGAUAGCAGAGUAUCAGGAGGAAGUUGUCCGUCUACAGAGGCUGCUCGACAUUGUUCUUCAACCUGAGAUACCGUUAAACCUACACAGAGAAGACCUCCAGCAGCUCACGCUCUCUGUCUCUGAAGAGGAGGUUCCCCCGGAGCAGCAGCACUGUGAGCAGGAGUGGAGCCCCAGUCUGGGGCAGGAGGACCCAGAACCCAUACAGCUUAAAGAUGAACAGGAGGAACUCAGGACCAGUCAGGAGGAAGAGCAGAUUCAAGGGAUUGAGACUGUUGCUAAAGACUCCAUGUUCACUGCUGCCUGUGUGAAAAGUGACUGUGUGGAGGACCCAACUCAGCCCUCACAUCUCUAUCAAGCCCAAAAGGAAAGAAACGAAGAGAGAGACAAUCUACCCAAUACUACAACUGAACAGAUCAAAACAGAACCUGAUAGAGAGGACUUUAGAGAAUCAGAUCCAACCAGUGUCUCUCAACCCCUCUCUGCAGUAAAUCCAGACUGUUCUGCAGCUCAAAGUGGUAUGGAGAAUCGAAGGCCUCCGGCAGGUUUUAAGCCAGUCAUAUCCAAGAGAACAGAGAUGGUAAAAGGACAAAGAUCCCGUAUCAACACUAAGGACCUCCAGCAGCUCACUCUCUCUGUGUCUGAAGUGGAGGUCCCCCCUGAGCAGCAGCACUCUGUGUGUUGA